AUGUACAGUGUACGUGUGGGGGGGACAGUGCGGGGGUGUACGUACACCCUGGUGCUCCGAGCGACGCCGCGAGCGAGCGCCAAGUAUGAUCGGGAGUUUCGAGUGAGCGAGUUGCUGGAGGGUCCCGUGACGGAAAAGGAGUUAAACAGUUGGGUCAAAAAGUUGCAGCAGUUCGACACUGUCGAAGACGUCGCCAAACAACUUCGCCAAAAGGCCCAGCAGCUCGACAAGCAUCAAAUAAAUUCCAUUUUAGAAAGUUUGUCUUCUUCCAGAACAGCGAGCAGCAGGAGACAGGAGCUGAAGGAGACACUUGCGCUGCUGCUGCAGCAAAAGGAGACAGCGGAGGCCGAGCUGCUGCGCGAGCGCGUCAGCAACCCCCCCGUCUCCUUCCUCAAGGCCCCUGCUGCAGCAGCAAAGGACUUCGACAAAAACAAAUCCAACAAACUUGCUGCGGCCCACAAGCCGCAGCCUGCUGCUGCUCCCCU